AGAAAAUUGAAACCCGUAUCCUGAAAAAAAAGUAAAGCCCUCUUCAGAAAAUCAGAAAUUCCCGGUCGAUAAACCUCGCCGGCGGGGGAAGGCGGAGUUUCGCCCAUGCAAACCCUAGGGUGUAGUCCUAGGUUAAUCAGCCUACUGAACGUCUCUCCGUUGCAUUUGAAUCUGCGGGCUUUCUCAUCAUCAUCAUCAUCAUCAUCAUCAUCAUCAUCAUCGUCUUCAGAUUAUGCCAAUCAGUCACGGGGAGGCCUUCCUCGCUUCUUCUCCGAAACCCUACCUCCUUACAAGGGUGGUGUUGUACGCGUGAAAGGCGAUGAAUUCUGGCACAUGACCAAGGUUCUGAGGUUAGGAAUCAACGAUAGGGUAGAGUUAUUUAAUGGGAAGGGAGGUUUGGUUGAAGGGCGCAUAGAGAAGAUUGAUCGGAUAGGGGUAGAUUUUGAAGCGCUGGAGAACCCAAAAUUAGUUUCUCCACAGAACACACAGUGGCAUAUUUUUGCUGCUUUUAGCACGUUAAAGGGAGGCAGAGCUGAUUGGCUAGUCGAGAAAUGUACUGAGCUUGGAGCAUCCAGCGUGACACCUUUAUUAACGGAGCGUUCUCAGUCAAUAUCGGAAAAUAGGGUAGACAGGCUGCAGAGAGUUAUUCUGGCUGCAGCAAAACAAUGUCAGCGUUUACAUGAAAUGAGUUUGAAGCCUCCUAUUGGAGUAGAGGAACUUCUACCUCUGGUAGCUCAGUCAAGAUUAUCCUUUGUGGCUGUAGCAGAGGCUACUCCUGUUUUUAAUACAUUGAGUUCUUUAAGGAAAGAACAGACUGGAGUCAUUAUAAUUGGACCAGAAGGAGACUUCUCUGAGAAGGAGUUGAAAUCCAUAACGGAGGCUGGUGCAAUUGCUACUGGUCUGGGCCCACAUCGACUACGUGUUGAAACUGCUGCAAUGGCUCUCCUUUCAACUCUGAUGCUAUGGUCCGACUCCCAGGAAACAGUCACCAGUUAACCACACUUCAGGAAAUUGGAGGUUUACAACGGUUUUGCUCCCACUAAUCAAGGUUUUGGCUUCUUUUCUCUGUAAGAGUCUAUACUCAAUACAUUGUCACUUUAUUUCCGUUAAUUAUGGUUGUGGCUUAUAUCACAUUCGUGGGGUCAACUUGUCACAACGCAAUUUUGUUUUGGAUAAAGAUUCGGUUCUAGAUUUUAUUGUUGCAUGCUCAUUGAAAA